UUUUAAUUUGUUAAAUUCUUCUUCUCGAAUUAGAAAAUAAGCUCUAUUAGCCUCUCAUCCUCCACAUCUGACCUCUUUCUUUCUGCUUUUUGUUUCUGUGAGCGAGAGCCAACCCAACAAGAAGCCCUCACUCUUCGAGACUUCACACAGGGUUUCGGGUGUGUACUAGGCUGUCUGAUUUUAAUUGCUGCAAAUCUAUUGGAUGGCCAUUAUACUGUGUGGAAGCACAUCAGUUGCUCAAUGGGGUAUUCGGCCUCAGUUCAUGCUUAAAUCCUAUAUCCAGAAUAGGAUAGUUGCCUCUCAUUAUGGUCUUAACAGCAAUGCAAGCUAUUUGUCAGCACCAAGUUCAAGCCUAUUUUCACGGGGUUCUUUCCCUGUAUUAUCCUAUGUCGGGCCAUCUCAAACUUCGUAUCAUCGUAGGGGAUCGCGGUUUAUUGUUAGAGCUGAUGCUGAUUACUAUUCUGUACUUGGAGUGUCAAAAAAUGCAAGUAAAUCUGAAAUCAAAAGUGCAUAUCGGAAGCUUGCUAGAAGUUAUCAUCCAGAUGUAAACAAAGAACCUGGGGCGGAACAGAAGUUUAAGGAAAUUAGUAAUGCAUAUGAGGUUCUAUCAGAUGAUGAAAAACGAUCUUUGUAUGACAGGUAUGGUGAGGCUGGAAUUAAAGGUGCUGGUAUGGGCAUGGGGGAUUUCAGCAAUCCUUUUGAUUUGUUUGAGUCACUAUUUGAGGGCAUGGGAGGAAUGGGAGGCAUGGGCGGCAUGGGCAUGGGAGGCAGAGGUUCUAGGAGUAGAGCAGUCGAUGGCCAGGAUGAAUAUUACAACCUUGUUUUAACAUUUAAAGAAGCAGUUUUUGGAGUGGAGAAAGAGAUUGAGAUCACCAGACUUGAGAGCUGCGCAACUUGUGAUGGUUCAGGUGCAAAGCCGGGGACAAAACCAUCUAAGUGUAGUACAUGUGGUGGCCAAGGCCAGGUUGUCUCGUCAGCAAGGACUCCAUUAGGUGUCUUCCAGCAGGUAAUGACCUGCUCUUCAUGUGGUGGAACUGGGGAAACAUUUACUCCAUGCAACACAUGUUCCGGGGAUGGACGAGUAAGAAGGACAAAGCGUAUCAGUCUAAAAGUGCCAGCUGGUGUAGAUUCUGGAAGCCGUUUGAGGGUCCGAUCUGAAGGUAAUGCUGGAAGGAGAGGUGGGUCGCCUGGUGACCUCUUUGUCAUCAUCGAAGUCAUCCCAGACCCUGUCCUAAAACGUGAUGAUACCAACAUCUUAUACACAUGCAAAGUGUUGUACAUAGAUGCAAUAUUGGGUACAACGAUUAAGGUUCCAACUGUGGAUGGAAUGGUUGAUCUCAAGAUCCCUGCUGGAACCCAACCAAACACCACACUCGUAAUGGCAAAGAAAGGCGUCCCUGUGCUAAACAAAAGCAACAUGAGAGGUGAUCAAUUAGUGCGCGUACAAGUCGAAAUUCCGAAACGAUUAAGCAGUGAAGAAAGAAAGCUCAUCGAGGAACUUGCGGAUCUAAGCAAAAGCAAAACGGCAAGCAGUCGAAGAUAACUGCCUAAACAUUGUGUUGUCUCCAUGUCGUAUCGUAUCUAUAUUUUUGCCAUACCUGACCAUAUUCUUCCCUUAGUAUGCAACUUCUGGGUUCCUUGCUGCAUGGGGAUUCAGCAGUUUAUCAGUGAUCAUAGUUUUGGAAUGCGCAAGCAGGUUUGUUAAAUGGUAGGAAAUGUCAUUGUGAUAAUUUUGUCCCAUAUUAUUAGAUCUUUUUAGCAAAAUGGAGAUGAAAUAGGAAAUGGAAAAUGGAGACUUUGCUUUUGUUUUUUGAGCAAUACUUGCUACUAAUAUUUUUAGUAAUUAUUCUUUUGGGAUAGAGCUUCACUAUGUGCAACAAUAUAAUCCUUUUCUUGUUUUGUUUCGUUUUGAAGAAAAGGGUAUUCAGUUUUGUGGUGA